UUUCCCGCGCAGCAACUCGGGUAAUCGACACGGCAGCAGACAAGGCAGCAGACUCGAUCAUUGACUGGCACGCCGAAGUCAAAACGACGAUUGACCGUUCCACUUCAUCUCUGUCGUUAGCUCAACAACAAGCUCAGCAACAGUGGGCAUCCUCCCAGUUCAACCCCUUUGUACCACCUCUACAACGACCUACUCAAACCUCGUCAACCAUGAGCAGCAGCGACCAGGCAUCUGUCAACACGAGCGGUACGGGCGAGAGCAAGAAGGAGUCGAUCUUUCGCAAGCUGCGCGAGAAUGUCGACCACGUCCAGUCUGGCAUCUCACGCCUCGGUGUUUCCGUCGCGACCACUUGGAACCCAAACCACCGCCACGACGAGGAGUGGGAGAAGGAGAUUGACGCAAAGCUCGAGGCCACCCGCGACAGCCACCGCUUCAGGUCCUUUGCACCCGACCGUCCUGGCAACCUCGUCAAGUGGCACAUUGAUGGUCAUGACUAUUUCUGGGCGCUGUCAGAGAUCAUUGAUUCAGCGACAGAGAGCAUCAUGAUUCUCGACUGGUGGCUCACUCCUGAGCUCUACCUCCGCCGCCCUGCUGCCUACUUCCCCGAGUGGCGCCUCGACCGCCUUCUCAAGCGCAAGGCUGAGCAGGGCGUCAAGGUGUUCGUGCAGGUGUACAAGGAGGUGACCGCAUCCAUGUCCCUUGGAUCCAAGCACACAAAGCACGCCCUCGAGGACCUGCAUCCAAACAUUGCAGUCAUGCGCCACCCUGACCACUCUGGCGGCGAACUCGUGUACUACUUCUCGCACCACGAGAAGCUGUGCAUCGUCGACAACAAGGUGGCGGCUAUGGGUGGUCUGGACGCGUGCUUUGGACGCUGGGACACGCCCAACCACCCGCUCGCCGACGUCCACCCCGCCAAGUUCGAGGACGCCCUCUUCCCUGGCCAAGGUCCGUGCCCUCUGCGCGCCACACUCGCAGCUAACAGUCCAGACUACAACAACUCGCGCAUCAUGGACUUCCAGACCGUGGACAAGUACACGUCCAACGCCCUCGCCAUUCAGGAGGCUGGCCGUAUGCCGUGGCACGACACAUCAUUGACCUUCAUCGGUCCUUGUGUCGUCGACCUCGUGCAGCACUUCUGCGAGCGCUGGAACUUUGUCAAGGACCUCAAGUACAAGCAUGACCACCGCAUGGAGUGGCUUGCCCUUCCUCAGCCUUGGGAAAGCGUGUACGCUAAGAGGCAGGCUGAGAUGAUGGAGAAAGACUCGCAGCUCCGCGAUGACCACCCGCACCUCCACAAAUGGAAGGAGCUCGGUCGUCAGUUCGCGCACCCCUACCACUGGCCGCCGUCAGAUCUUCCCCGCGCGUCGGAGCCCGUUCCAGAGGGCACCUGCCGUGUGCAGGUGCUUCGUUCGGCGGCUGAUUGGAGCCACGGUAUUUUGACCGAGGACAGCAUUCAAGAGGCGUACAUUAGCUUGAUUCGCGAGGCCAACCACUGUAUCUAUAUUGAGAACCAAUUCUUGCUAACAUUCAUUACUACCACUCGGGUCGGAAACCCUGUAAAGAAUCUUAUCGGUGCUGCGCUUGUUGAGCGUAUCCUGUCUGCUGCCAAGGAUGGCCGCAAGUUCAAGAUCUAUGUUCUUAUCCCAGAGGUCCCUGCUUUCCCCGGCAACAUCCAGACCAACUCGGGCCUCAAGGCUAUCAUGGAGGCCCAGUACCGCUCCAUCAACCGUGGCGGUCAAUCGAUCCUUGAGCGCGUCAAGGAAGAGGGCGUCAACCCGGACGACUACAUCUCUUUCUGGAAUCUGCGUAGCUACGAUCGUAUCAACGCCCCCAAGGAGACCAUCAGAGAGAUGGAGGAGAAGUCUGGUGUCGAGUUCCACGAGGCCCAGGUUGCUCUCUCGCGCGUCUAUGUCGGCGACCCGGGAGAGAAGGCCGACGACGACGCGGUGGUGUACAUUGAGAAGACGCACGACCAGCUCACCAAGGGGGACAACACCAACAAAAAGGGCAAGAGUGCCCAAGAUGUUGUCAAGCUUCCUAGGACUGUCGAGGAGGCCAAGAACAUCAUUCGCAAGUUCGAAAGUGCAGCGGUGAACAACAUUGGUGAUGUUCCGGACAACGUUUGCCAGGACGCGCUGCGGUCAGGCGUCAACGUCAAGACCGAGGCUUGGGCUGGAACCGAGCAGGAGGAGCUCGACAGCAUCGUCACAGAGCAAUGCUACAUCCACACCAAGCUCAUGAUUGUGGACGACCGCCGUAUCAUCUGUGGCAGUGCCAAUCUCAACGACCGUAGCCAGAGGGGCGACCACGACUCGGAGAUUGCCAUUGUCAUUGAGGACAAUGACAUGAUCGAGACGACGAUGAACGGCAAGAAGUACAUGGCCGGCAAGCUUGCCGCGUCUUGGCGUCGCUCUCUGAUGCGCGAGCACCUUGGCCUUUCCGCUCCUCUGCCACCCCAGCUUCCUACAAACCAGCCCAACGACAACAUGAAGGCUGCGCCAGUCCACAACCACUACGACUUUGGCUCGCCCGAUGAUCUCGCGGUUGCCGAUCCGCUGUCGGACGAGUUUGUCAACCUGUGGAACACGACUGGCAAGACGAACCGUGAGAUCUUUGAGCACAUCUUCCGCUGUGUGCCCACGGACAAGGUCCGCAACUGGGCCCAGUACGGAGAGUACAUCCGCGCCAGUGGUAGCAUCAAGACUGGCCACGUCGCGCAUGCCGCCCUGUCGGUCCAGGAGGUCAAGAACGACCUGUCCAAGAUCCGCGGCCACCUCGUGGACAUGCCGAUCCACUUCCUCGAGGAGGAGGCCUACCUGACUGAAGGCGACUUUAUGUCUGUCAACUCGGUCACCCUGGCCAUCUACAUCUAAGCAGCUAGCAGCACCCUUCCCUGUACUGUAGCCCUUGGCCCCAUUCCAUGGUGAACAAUGCCGUAGUAAUAUGUCUGUCAUUACACUAUUACAUCCAGAUGCAGACUGUGGAUACUUUCUGCAGGUGGCAGAGUAGUACAGGCUAAAGAUAUGGUGGUACAAUAGAUCUAGUAGGCAGCUGCGGUAACCUUUGAAGGUGGUACGGGGACGCUCUCGGCAGACUCGUCGCCGCUCGCGCUACCGCUGCUGCGGUUCUGGUUUUGAAGUCCGGGGACAGGCUUGCGCCUGACGUUUCGGGGGGAUGUGGGCGAGUUGUUGGGGUCACCAAACUCAAAGUUGGCCGUGGCGGGCGAGAGGGGGACGUUGCCGCCCGAGGCACUGAGCGAGCCCGACGGGCCAUGCGAGCGCGGCGGCGGCGGGAUGGGCAUGAUGGUGUGCCCAGCGGCCGCAGCCAUGUCGGCGGGCGUGAAGUGCGUGUGGGUAGUGGAGAAUGGGGUCGAGAUGUUGAUGGCAGAGAUCUCGCUCUCAUCCUUUCCGCGGCGGCCGCCAAAGGAGAAGAGACGCGACGCGAACCCGUCCUUGCUCUUCGCUGGCGCGGUGGAGGCGUGCGGGUCGGUGCUAGGGCCAUUGAACAUUCCAAACUCGUUGGUAGAGUCGGGCAGGCUGCGAGGCUGGAACGGUGGGCUGCGCAUGCUCUGGAAGGACGACUGCUGUCCCAUCGCCUGUGGGUUGGCGGGGAAGAGGCCAAUGGGGAUCUGCGGCUCCUCCACAGGGAUGAUCGGCGACGAGAUGUUUGGAUCACCGCCACGGUUCGGGUCCACAGGGUAAGUCGGGUAGUUGCCAGAGGGAGCCUUCGACUUGGGGCGCAGCAUGACCUUUGAGCUAGCUCUGCGAAGCCCGCGUAAGCUCAUCGAAGGCGGCCUUUGACGCCCUGGGGUCGUCGGCAUCGUGCCAUUGGAGAUGGCACCAGGAGACGGCGUGAUAGGAAUCGACCCGAGAGGCGGUGUGUUGGGCACCUUGAUUGUGCCAACCUUCUCAGUGGGGAGGUACUUGGCUGGCACCUCGGGGGUGGCGAAGUCGGGAGUGGGAGGGCGGGGCGGCCGCUUCGGUGCUUCUGACUUGGCACUCUUGAUGGAGUGGUCGCUUCCGCGCUGGGCCAUCUCGUGGUGCAGCUUGUUGGAGCCAGAAGUAGAGCGCGUGUGCGUCAUGGACCGCGCCUCUGGGUCGGCCGCAGCCAUCGAGCCGUGGUUCGAAGGCGGCGAGGUGCCCGCUGAACCUGUCGACGUGUGGGCGUCUGGGUACCGCUUUCCUGGCGGGACAAGGGGCGAGUGGCGCCGGGGGCUCUCGGGCUGGAGAUAAGGUAGUCUGCUUGAGCCACGGCGGGGCAAAGCAGCACCCGCCGCAUUGACACCUGCUCCAUUGAGAGGCGAGGCCUUCUCGCCGACGCCGCGGCGCUGCUGAAGCGCAGAGGGCGAGUUGAAGUGGAUGUCUCGGGGAGACAGGUCGCGCAUGAGCUUCUCCAGGUUGUUGAGCUGGUCGGCCAUGACGAUGCCACUGCCGCGGUGGUCGGACGGCGAGAGUUGGGGGGAGAGCAGUCCAGGGCUGUCGGGGGUGACACUCGUGGGCGGGCCGCGCUCCAAGGGAGGGACACCAUUGGGGAUGGGACGCGGGAGGGCAAUCGGGCUGGCCAACAGGUCGGUGCUGCUACGAUGCGCAUCGAGCAUCGCAACAACGUCGCCGAGCUCACUGCGUUCACCGUCUUCCGAGAGGGUGUUGGACUGCCUGACGCCGUUGGGUGCCACAGCGCGAUUCAGGCCAAGUCCGUGAAGCUCCCCAUCGUGUUCGUUGAGCUCGCGGGAUGUCGAAGGCGGGUCGUCGGCAUAGUCAUAUGUGUGUGAGCUGUCAGCCAGAGCGGCGUAUCCGACAGCCGCAGCUGCGGCCUCGGCGAGCUCGGCCUGUUCGCGUUCCUCCAUUUCUCGCUGCUUGCGCUCCCUCUCGGCGCGAGUGGCCGCUUCGCGCUUCUCUGCUUCGCGGACCCGCUCCUUCUCCAGCUGCUCUCGUUUGAGUCGCUCUUCCUCCUCGAUGCGCUCUCGCUCGAGCCGUUCCUGGAGUUCGAUACGCUCCUGUUCGAUACGCUCCUGCUCGAGACGUUGAGCCUCGAUGCGUUGUUGCUCGAGACGCUGUUGUUCGAGACGGCGCUCCUCUUGCUCCUUGCGCUCCUGUUCCACGCGCACUCGUUCGAGCCGUUCGGCUUCGAGGCGCUCUUGUUCCAAUCGCUCGGCUGCGAGGCGCUCCUUCUCGAAUCGUUCCGCCUCUAUGCGUUGCUGCUCGAGUCGUGCAGCCUCGACACGUUCCCGCUCCAGCCGCUCUGCCUCGAGACGCUCGGCUUGGAGGCGUUCCUGCUCCAGGCGCUCCUGUUCCAGACGCUCCUGCUCUCGCCGCUCCACCUCGAGUCUCUCCUGCUCUUGCCGUUCGAGUUCCUGCUGCUCCAACAGCCUCUUCUGUUCCAAUCGCUCGGCUUCGGCUCUCUCCGCUUCGAGUUCCAAGUCGCGAAGGAAGCGCGGGCGCUCAUCGUUGAGUUUACCGACAAGAGCCAGUUCCCGAACCCCGCCCUCGGAGCCCAACUUGCGAGAUGGACCCCCUGAGCGGAGCCAGCCCUCAAACCAAGGCGCCUCAUCGGGGUCAAUGUCGAACUCGAUUGUUCCAAACAAUGAUGUCGACGGAGGAAUGCUGGCCGUGAUGGAUGCCGGUGUGCGGGGAGAGAAUGACGACACUGACGAGCCCGUCUGAGACGAGUUGGAGGGGAAUCUCGACUCGGGCGGGUUGGACAGGUUUCGGACUCGGUGGUGAUGGUUUGUGUGUGGGAGGAUCGGGUCGGGGGCAGGGGCGAACACGCCAUGGGAGAGAUUGGCGGCUGGCGGAGAGGUAAAGGCCUUUUUGGGCGUCGCGACUGGCGUGUUUGUUGGCGAGUUUGUCGAUCGCGAAGAAGAGUUGGGGAACAAUGUACUCCAGGCUGCAGGUGUGAUCUGAGGCCCAACAUCGAGGUCUGUUGUUGUGCCAUAGCUCGCCGUCGAUUCGCGCGAGCCGUGAGACUCUGCCGGCAGUUGAGGUCCCAUAUACACUGUGAUGCCAGCUAUUGAAGGAAGGCCAAACUCGCGGGCAAUGGCGACGAGCAUCAUGUUGAGCGUGGGCUGCAGAGGAAUGAGCCGGCCACGACGCCAGCGUCGAAGCCGUUCUCGUUCCACGCUGAUGUCAGGCGAGCCAGACUGCUGUCGAACGAGCAGAGAAGCCGGCGGGAUGACGGCAACGGCCUGCGACUGCGCCGACUGCUUCUGGGAGCCUGUCCGUGGAUAGGACCCAGUCCGAGGGGAACCAGCGAGCUCACGAUCCCGGAAUGGUGACGGGGCCUCUGGGAGACUGGGAAUGACGAUACCAAAAGUCUGGGCGAUACGACCAAGCUGGGCUGGUGUUAAAGGAUUUCUUGGUGGUGGAUAGUAUCGAGGCGUGGGCGAGUGCAUGUCGCCGCUGCUGCUGUCGUCGGCCUCGCCAUGGGAGGCAGCGCCGGAGGACAUGGCCCGCUCCUUGCCCUUUAUACUUGUUGGUGUUGGGUAUGUGUGAUGGAGCCGAGGGGAGCCAAAGUGCGAUGGGCCGCCUGGUUUGGUGCUAGGCCUUGGGUGGCCGCCAUGGUGCGCGACGGGUGCUGGUAUGCUCGACGCAAAGGCGGCCAAGGGCGGAGGAGGUGAGGCGAGGGAGAAGCGCGGCGAGCGUGCUGUGCCGGGUGGACUGGCAAAGCGGGCCGAGGAGGGAGGGGGUGGCCAUGCAACGAGCUCGUCGUGGAUGAUGGGGGCAUUCGAUCCGAGGUUGAGGGCUGGUGUUGGGGACAAGGGUGGUGACGUCCCAAAGCGCGAGCUUGUUGGUGGUGGUGGCCAUGCUACGAGGGGGUCUCGCAGGACUGGGGCGUUUGACCCGAUCGCCAUGGCGAAGCACAAAGUCUUGUAAUGUGGAUGAUCAACGUUGGCAAGGAUGGGCUCACCACGUCGAUAAAGUGGAGGAGGGAGGGGGCGCGCGCUCGGGGCAGGUGGUCAAUGACUGGCGGCGUUGGCGCGCGGCGCUCAACGGGGGGCUCGGGGGCUCGAGGGGCUCGGGUCGUCGGAGGUGGUGGUGGUCGGUGUGGUUUGGGGCGCGCGUCCUGGCGGUGUCCACUAGCGUGUCGAGCGAUGGCGUUCGGGGAGAUGGUGUUGGUGAAUGAAUUCAGCCCGGGAGGAAGGUGCGCGCCUAAGCAGAGGGCAUGCUGCGGAUGCGAUGUGAAGGAGGGGGGCGAAGGAUACAAAGGCCGAGGAUGUUGAUGAUGAUGAUGAUGAUGAUGGUCGCGUGUGUGUGUGUGCGUGUGUCGGUGCGCGCGUGUGGGAUGUCGUCGGAUGCAAGAUUGUCG